AUGUCAUCCCAGGCCAGCAGCAGGGCCUCCACAGCAGGGUCUGCAGCGAUGGAUGCUCUCGAGACACUGCAGGUCGUCCGGGAGUUGGAGGAGGCCACUUUUGUCAUUGACAGCCAGACCGAGGAGCUGACCAUCUUAGAGGCGCACUUGAAGUUUGUCCAGGCACCAUCGGACGUGGAGUUCAAGCUGCAUCUGCCUUCGGUGAAGUCCAUCUCCAGGCAGACCGACUGGCCGAACCUGCAGAGAGAUCUCACUCAUUAUGCACAUGGGCUGCGUAGAGGUGCACCCGACCUGCCAGCGCGCCUGCGCCCGCUUCGCGUCUGCAUUCCUGGCAACCCGCGGAAGUACUUGAAGGCCGAGUACGCGCAGCUGAGCUGCGCCAAUCGCACACUCUUGCGCGACGGGCUUUUGUUCCUGCACCUGCAUCUGAAGAACUUCAACAAGACGGAGGCCUAUCCCACUCGACCCGUCAGCCGCUUUCACGGCUUCGCCUUCCAGGAAGAGGACCUGGAGCAGAGCAGCGACGACGGACUGAGUUCUGAGGCGACGAGCAGCGCCAUCUGA